UCAUGAUGUUCUUGUUACGAUAUAUUUAUUGAUUGCUGGACAAUUGCACAGAAGACGAGCAGCUCUCCUCUGUUUGGAAACAAGAGAAUCGAAUGUGCUUUACCACGAGCACCAUGACCAUCUUUGAACUCAAGUACUUAUACUAAUUAGUAGAAGUAUCGUCCCCGUCCAACCUAAAAACCUAUUAUUUAACCAAUCAACAUGGACCGUGGCGUCUCGUCUCUGAGUAAACGAGGGCCGCCGAAUUUGGGUUUCAUCAUACAUUGUCGACAGGACGCGCUCGAUAUUCGCAAAUUUUGGCAUUGCACAGUGCUGAUCGGUUUGCUCACUGUCGUCUACGAAACAUGGCAAGGCACCUACAUCGGCGCAUCGCUACGAGGCCUUUUCGUUACGGCGAUGAAGAUGAUGUUGAUGACAAUGACUAUUGCAAUAUCAUGACGUUUAAUAUAUUUAAUCACCUGAUGCUUGUUCUUCGUGUAGCUCACGCUCAUCUUGGUAAGGGGGCGGGAGGAGUCCUCCUCUCUUGGCAUGGUUGUAGUCAAUGGUGAAUAUAACUACUUAUGUAUCUAUACGUACUACUAUACGUUACAAGUAGAGGCAUAAUAUUGGACUAAGUACUUCUUCACGUGGGAGCUACAAUACUAUUCAGGGAUCAAGCGUAGACCUACCAGUUAGGAUAGAGCACAAGCUGAGGCUGCACCACAAGUAGAACAUGGAUGGCCCACAACUUUCACUUCGGAGGAGUAGAGCUCUGCUUCGUUUUCAGUUCGGAUAAGUUGAGCUCUAAUGUGGCUGGUGUAGUGGCCGCAUUGCUUGGUCUUCUGUUGAAUUAUCUCGCACUCACGCGUGUUUUUCUUUUCGCCUUUGGACACCGGACACCGCGAAAUGAAAAUAGUACAAGCUUUUCGUCAACAUCAGCUGCACCAGUUAAGACUGAUAUUUUUAUACUAGUACUUACUUGGUUGGUGUUGUUGCAUAAAGAUGUUGAUGAAUCUCAUCUUCAAUGUGUUUUUACCUCCUUUUUCUACUUCUACAGAUCUGCAGAUGAAGCAUCAGCACUUCAGAAGAUGUGUGUCCUUGCAAUAGAACGGCUUUUCUAGAAUUUUCUGUUCAUCUUCAGUUUUAUAACCGGAACUAGAAGAUCCUCCUGUUCUUGUUGAUGUUGUGGUAGUUUCUUUGAAGAACUGUACUUGUUCUUGUCCAAGGAGUUGUUGUUGUGGCAGCCACUAGAAGAAGUGGAGAAGGAGAGGACUUGGUUCGUCGUAAAUAGUUGUUCUGAAAGCCGCGCUUCUAAGCCGAAGACGAGUACAGGAGGAGAGCAAGAGGAGCUGCGUGCUGCUGUUGUUGACUUUGGGGAGGACGCCGAUGAUUUCGUAUCACCGGUGGUGUCGGAGAAGCAAUAUGAUAAGAUUCUUCACAACGCAGAAGUAGAUUAUGGACGAUGAUGUUGCUAGUUUUCUUCCAUCUUAAACAUAACCAAACGGAGCAUCCUCCUGGCACGUGGUACUUUUUUCAAGUUCUUGUUACAGGAGGAAAAACUGCUGGGAGCAGGAUUAUAAGUAAGUGCUUCUUGGAUGCUUCUCUUCCUUGUUCUAGAUGGAAAGAGCUACUAGAAGUACUUUCAUAAGGAUCGAUUGCUUAGUCUUAGUGCGGCCACGACCCAACAAGGAGGACAGCUACAACCGGCUCCCGUUGGUACAACCGCAGCCCUCUCGUCUUCAUCGGCCACUCCGAAUCAGAGCGGGGUUACCGAAGAGUAUGGUAAGGCUGAUUUGUUUUCAUAUAAUUCACAUCAUCUUUGUUAUCUCACUAUAUUUCUUGAUAUUCUAAGGUCUCUACAUCUUUAUUCACAUCUUCUUCAUCUUUGGAAGAGUGUCACUAUAUUUCUUGAUAUUCUAAGGUCUCUACAUCUUUAUUCACAUCUUCUUCAUCUUUGGAAGAGUGUCACUAUAUUUCUUGAUAUUCUAAGGUCUAGUACACGCUUAUUUCAGGGGAUACGCCUCUUUUUCAAUUAAAUGUUCUAGUGCAGGGGUUUGUUAGUUAUCUAAACGACCUACAAUCUAGUCGUCUCAUCAUUAUUUCAAGGGAUACUUUUGCGCAACAUGCACGGCCGUUCCCUACCUUUAUCCGAGGACAUAUUGUGCUCAAAAAGAAUAUCGAGCGGGAGGAAGGACGGUUGUAGUCUCCUUCUAUCUCGUCUACUUCUAGGUAGUAUAUCCACUUGUAUACUGCCUCGUCUACAACUCCACAACAACUUCUCUAACAGUCACCCACAACAAUUUCUCCUUCUAAGUAUGCAGCUGUCGGGAGAGCAGAUCUGUCCCCAACGUCGGUGCAAAUGAAUUCCUCAUGGAAUCACGCGACUUCGUCUUUCGUUCCCUCCACUGUGUCGACACCCAGGGAAGCGGGGAUUGACGGAUCAGGCGUACAACAAGGUAUUGCUUAAGGCGAGGAUCAUUUCUACGACAAUUAGUCUAAUUACGUGGUGGAAGCAUGAGAAUUAUAAGUAGACUGUUGAGGUACAACUCCGGAGCAGGCCGUUGUAGUUUGUGCAUGGAGCACUAAGCAUCCGUAUUGAUAAUUUCAGUGCGCAUCAUGAUCAUGCCAUUAGGACUACGUGCGCGAUCUACAUCGUCUCCGCGACAGGCAAUCGUGGAAGCAUCACGACCAGUUUUAUUCUAGAGGAGAGCUAUUUUUGCACAAGAUUCUCGAAGAUGACUAGUAAUGUUAGAAGAAGAAAUUUGUUAGGUGACGAUGAGGCUCAUCUUGUUGUUUAACAAAACUAGAAGCAUUAGCAUGGAGGUUUACCCUUCGUGGCGCUAAGUCGAACACGAAGAAGGAGCCGCUCCAGGUCAUUUUGGUGUAGCUGUAGUUGGGGCUUCUUCUAGUAGCAGCGCUAGGGGACAAAAGUCGUCAGUGCCACGAUUAUUAGCUACCUAUCGGAAGCAGCGAACAGAGUAUCGCAAACGACGAGACUUGCGAUUGGUGCUUUUUCCGCGUGAGCCGAGUGGUCGGGCAUACGUUUACCCGGCUUGCGGGGAACGGGCGCUCGCCGGGCGAUGUCCGUUCAGCGGCGCUGGGGUGGCGAUUUGGGUGUGGCGAGAGGUCUGGAAAAUUUGGAUGUGGCUAUCAGUCCUCUACGGCCUUCUCAGUUUCUUGCAGGCAGUUUUAUGAAUACAUCAUCAAAUGGUGGAUCAUUCUUCUCGUCAUGCUGCAAAAAUGCACCUAGACCUACUUUCUCUUUGUUGACUGAAAGACAAAUGUUGUAAAAAGUUGUCAGAAGUACUUAGCGUAUUUAAUUUGAAAUUGGAAUCAGCAACUGACUGAACUCGAGCUUUGGCACUGGGGGCUUGAUUAAACCUUGUGAUUCUGCUACUAGUUCUCGAGGUGAUGUGAGCAUAGGAAUCGAUCGGAGUUGAACUUAUACUUAAUCUGAUGAACAUAACUACCCGUUUUCAGCUUUAAGUCGCGGGUUUUUUCCGAUGUUGAAUACGCGUGGUGGAAAUGACAGGGAGGAUGCUGUUCGGUCCGCAGUAGUUAUGGCCACCUGUGUACAAAUACAUGAUCGUCUAGGUGUUCUUGAGCAUGCAUCCUCCUCUAAAAAUAUGGCCAUGUUUUUAGAGGUCAUCUCAAUCGUGAUCUAACAAACUUGAAAGUAGUAACCGUAACGCAUUGAAAGAAUUUACUCCCUCUUGCGACCGCUCGCACUAGACAGUACCUCACGAAGAGGCAAAUGAAUGAAUGAAAGCUGCUAACCUCUAGCAGCUCCACCUCCACUACUACUACAACUCUAAUCAGUAUCAUCAGCUCGUGAUGGGAUAUACGUUAUUUCUUUUUAUGGCGCAUACAACAUUCGUGCUCUGUGCGAUGUUCUGCAUCGGAAAGCUGUCUAUCAUGCUCGAUCGGACAACCGAAAAUGCAACUGUCUUUCAAUUAAGGCUGUGAAUGAAUGAAAGAAGUUUUGCUUCUCUAUCUUCACUUCCUAUUCAUUCAUCUGACACGGACACGGAGGAACUACUUACUUUAAUUAGGAUGAUGAAGAAGAUCCCCGUUAUAACUGCUCUGUCCACGGUGCAGAUUCUCUAUUGGGAGAAGGUGGUAGAUUCCUCUUGCUGCUCUUGUUGUUGUUAUGCUUAGACAUUUUUUUCCAGUACGCACAACAAGACUCGAGGACUAUGACAAAGCAGCUCUAAUUGCAGCAGAGGUGAACGCGCUCAGAGAUCGAGCUGCGGCUAGUGGUCGCAUACCCACGUGGCCGAAGAUCGAAUGCGAGCAAGGGGGUGCUGGAGCAGGAAAUUCAAACAACGUUAAGGGAAACUUCGAUUGGUAUUCAUUGGUCUCAUCCAUUGAGUGGUCUACUGUGUAUUGUAACCGCAUGAUGUCGUGUUGUUGAAAGCAUCACAAGUCGUGGUGAAGAUACUAGAGGUGAAAAAUCUUCAUGCGUUUGAUGCGCACAUAGUAGAGACAACGACAUCCAGGUCCUCGGACUCGUCCAAGUGCUGGGAGUUUUUGCUUCGUGUUUUCGUCCUUCCCCACUGCGUUCAAAUAGAUGUUGAUCUGAUCAUCAUAAUAGUUAGAUACAUCAUGACAACGUUUUAGCAUCUUCUUCGUGUAACAAGGCACGACAGGCGCACUUUCUAACCCCAGAACUGCUGGAGAAGCAGGUUUCGCCUCGACGGCUACUACAGGAGUACCUACAGCGGGAGUUCAACAACAGGACAUGUUGACACCAGGAGAGCAAGCAACGACAAUACCAAAUGUCGUGAUUGGGGGUACGCCAUUACACGAAAAUAACGUCGUUGGACGACCUGUGCCGAGAGACCAACAACCGGAACACAUUCGAAACGAACUCGCGUUGAAGAGCAUUGUUUGAGCUGUCCCCGUUGUCUCGACGGUGGUCAAGAAGGGACACCGCAGGGCCACACACAUUCUUGAGCGUUAUUUUCCUUCGGUACUCCCACUAUAGUUAGCUUACUACACCACUUCUUAUUCUUUUAUCUUUGUCUUUCUCCAUUUUCUUCGCGCUUUGCUUCCUCCAGACACGGAACUACUUAAGUAAUCGAAAAAGGUGGCAUUAGUAGCCUGAGAAACCGAAACGAGUGCAACAGGAACCAGAAGACGACUCGUCUCGUCGAGGCGCAAGAUCCUUUUCUGCAGAUUGAUUCUGACGCUUCAC